AUGGGUAAAGCUAAAAAGAAAUGGAUAACUGUCUACAGAAGCGACCCAGGUAAUCGAAAAAUCCCUGGGCUAAGUAUUUUCAGCUGAAUUAAAAGAAAAGACAUUUAAGAUUUAACAUCUCGAGGACUUACACUUUUGUAGGCCUUACAUGUUCAGAGUUUGUUCAGGGUAUGGAGUUACAAAGAAGAUGAGAGCUCUUGGUUCCCAUCGCUGUGUUCCGUUUUGUAUUCACGAACCUGGUGUCCCACGUUGUUGAGUUUUUUGUUGCUUCUCCUUUACGCUCCCAGAUGUUAUCUUUCUGAAUCUGAUUUUCCUCCUUUGGCAAAAACCAAGACCCAAAUUUCAAUCGACUUAACCUAACCAUAAUCCUGAGAGGAACCUCGUGGAUUUCCAUUGCAGAGUAAUUCCCACUUAUUCAUUUUACAUAUAAAUUUUCACCCCCCCCCCUCCCUUCUCUUUCGGGAAAGUAGGACUAAUGUUCAUUAUGCUGUUACUGUACUGAUGAUUUUGUCAUUGAUUUUUGAUUAAAGAUCCCAUCAAGUGAGAGAAAAUCCCUAACGAAUCAAAAAAGAAGAAUCUGUCAAGGGCAUGGUUCACAGCAAAAGAGGACUCCAUUCAUAUCAAAACCACGAGCUUCUGUUUCUGGUGUGUAUUUUGUCGUGGUGGGGCACCGAGGCAGAAAAGAGCCACAGUGUUUGCUAGUAAACCGAAUCCCAGACGUGAUCUCAUUCAUAUCAGAUUUUACAUUUACAGUGACAACCAAGAUUCUUUGAUGGUAAGUAAUCGUACAAGUAGAAUUUUAUUUUGGUUUGAAGACAAGGCAUCCACCAAAUGCAACCGACUGUGUUAAUCUAUUGUUUUUAACAGAAGUGUUCUUUUCGAUAUUAUACCCAUACACGGUGUAUGAUGAAAAUGAGGCAUUUUUACUAAUAACUGGCUUGAGCUUCCGCUAUUCAUGAUUAAACAUUAUAUCACAUUAUAUCAUGAUCAUUGGCUUAUCUAUGUGAUUCUUUAAGUAAAGUAGGGGGCAUUAAUAUGCUACACAUCUAGUUUGGUUGCGUUACAUCAAAUCGCCAUCUUGGAUACAAAUCCGGACAUGUGAUUGGUUAUUUUUUAUCACGAGAUACAUAAUCCUCCUCUCUGAUUGAUGUACACCAUAUUUGCUUCCCUUCAUUCAUGUAUGUUAUUCUCAUGCUUAUGUGCCUGAUCAUUAUAUCACUGCGGAGUAAGUUAGCGCCUCAGCUCUGACGUUCUGCGAUGAGAUGAAAGCACGUUGUACUCGAUUAGCUUCUCAUUGUUGGAGCUUAACCUACUCUCGUGAAAAUGAACCGAAAAGGAGUGUUAUUACUCCUCCAGUGCGGAUGCAACUUAACUGUAGGCAUCUACCCAGCAAUUUAUGAGUUUGCCAGUGUUAAAAUGUGCUGUCACUGAAUCAUAUUCCUUUGUUUGGUAAGAGAGUUGCAUUUGCCUAAAAAAAAUAUUAAAAAUAGGAUUUCGUCUGAAAUUUAACUAGUCACUCUUGUUAUUGCACGAUGUACCACCCAGCUGAUCCAUAUAUUUUGCCUUUACAAGCGAGUGGAGAAGCAAGAGGAAAGGCAGUGUUCUGAUUCAUGGAAAGGAAUGGAGAAACCCUUCAAUAUGCACAACAACAGCAAAAAGAUAACCGUGAAACUUGUGACGGAUCCUGAGAAGGGCUGGGAAUUAGACGAGACAGCUGGUGAGCAGGUGAGGAAAUCAACAAAGGGUUGGGCUCAGUCAUGAGUUACAAUGAAACAUUUUUACCUCUGAUAAUCUGAACUGAGGCUUUAUAGACCCUUAGUAGUUGGUCGACCAUCUUCCACUAAAUACACAUUGCAAUAAACAAAAAUCUUGUAAUUUAUGUCUAAUAAGUUACUAGGAAGUCCCUCUCUCUAUCUCUCCUCAAACAACUUCUUCACCAGCUUCAGCACCAGGCAACAGUGAGAUGGGGGGGGGGGGAAGUUGUAGCAAAAGUAGAAAACAUUAAAAAGAAGUAGAGUGUGCCAAAACUUUUGCCCCCCCCCCCCACUAUAGUUACUUUGCUUAAUAACAACUUCUGACUUCUGAGAUGUCGAUUAUGUGGCCUUCUGAUUACCUCUGAAAGUAGGUGUCUGAUCAAUGCACUUUUAACAACCUCUUGCAUUUCUAUAUGAGGCGUUUUACCCCGAUUGAUGCAAUGUAUUACUCAAUCUGUGAUUUGUUGUAGGUGUACAUCUGCGAUGAUUCCCACGGCGGUAGAUUCCGCUGUGCAAAUACUUGUGAUUUUGCAGUAAAACCAAUGAAAGGUAGAGAAGUAGAAGAGUUCUCUUGUAUCAUAACGUUCCAGCAAGAGGGCCAUGAUGAACAUGCAAUAUACGUAAACCCUGGCUUUUCACUUGUGGAGGUAAUACUAUAUGUAGUUGGCACGAUCUUAUUUCGCAUUAAGCCAGUGAGACAGGUUACAGUUUUCUUUGAAAAAACCGAGAAAGAAAAAAGUAAAACUAACAAGAAAGUACAAAACACAAAAUCAAACCAAAUCUGACGUAGCUUUCGGCUCAACUUUUUCCUAUUAAGUUACAAUCACCACUCACUUUCUCAGACCUUAUCAGCAUAGCCGUAACCAAUGAAAGGUCUAUCUACUUGAAAAUACAUAAUUUUGCUAAUAAUAAGCCUCCUACCUCAUGUUUUUCCUUCCAGUUAUAUGCCUCUACGUGUUAAAUCAAAACCACUAGCAUACCUCGUGACAUCACGGCAUUGUCUAAAAAUGAACUUCCUUUUCAGCCGAGCUUUUAGUUUAUUGCUAUAUUGUAGGUUUAAUCAACUGUCAUUAUUCACGACAAAUUGCAUUUUCUGUGAAACGCAUUGUGUAGUUUGAACUAUGUGAAUUCUAAUUAUCAUUGUUGAUAAAUUAUAAUUAUUAUUAUUACCAACUUAACUUUAUAUUCUUCAAUAAGCUUCCCCGGUUUAAUUGACAUCGACAAAAUAACCACAAAAUCUAGUGAAGAUAAUACAUAUCACCGAGGUAGAAAGCUUCAUAUAACCAUGCAAAGUAAAGCUGUCGAGUUCCAGGCCUAAAACUUUUACUUUUCUUUUCCUUUAAAAGUACCUCACUCACACUUAAUUUCGAAUUUUUCGUAAUUGUAAAAAAAUGGCAAAAUUAAGGAAUUAAUCAAUUUUAAUUUUAAUUAAAUUUAUAAAAAAAAACAAUAAACACAUGAAGAGCAACACACACGCGACAUUUAUCAACAAUUACGCAAAUUGUCAACUAGUUUUACUAUUUCUUGCAAUGCAUGUUGUAUAAUGUUUCUUGUGUAAUGUUAAUGUUAAUGAUCUUCAUAUGAAUCGCAAAAUUCAUACAAAUUCCUGAUAUCUAUCAUACAGUCCUCAAAAUUGCUCUUAACUCGUUUCUUGUAGUUCUUAUUCACAAGUUUCAUGUAACGUUCUAACACUUAUUCCAGUUUAUCUUGGAAUUCUAAAAAGUUGAGACAUUUUUAAAAUUAAAUUGAAGUUGACAACACUUAAAUCGUGAAAUUAAAUGUCCUAUUUUCAUUUUUUCCUGUUAAAAUCAGCAAAACGUAUCUCGAAAUAUUGUCUCGCCGAAAUCGCGAAAUUAGCUACCCGCAAAUGAAGUACGAAUAAAACUGUCAUUUUAGUCUAAAACGGUUUUUCUUUGUUCUACCGAUAUCCCUUUUGAAUAUCAAAAUUGUUUAACUCAGUAUUCAUUGACAUGAUUUUCCGAUAUCUGAACGAUUUUGCUACUUUCACUUGCUCUCUCCAUUUUAGGGGUCGGUCGGGCCGGCAAGUGCUCAUACGCACUUCAACAGCGCAGCUGGAGGCUCGACUUCUUCAGAUCCAGAUGAAGGUGACAGGGGUAACUUAGACGAACAACCAAAAACUUCUCAAGGUAUCUUCGUCAUCGUCAUCACAUCUAUAGCUACUAUCACGAGAAGCUCUCCAGUAGUUAAUUCCACCGAUUAACACUUCCUACGAAUAAGUUUGUCUUUCUCUUGUCGCCGGAGUAGUCAGGCUUUUCUUUCAAGAACUUGUUUUAAGCUUUUAAACUCUCUGUUACGAAUAAUCGAUUGUUUCUCCUUUGUUGGGUGUUUUCGUUUUUUGCAUUUUCCCUCAAACUCAGAAUUAAAACGUUGUUACUUUCUCCUCACUCGUCCCCCAUUUUGUUUUGUUGUGCUUUCGCGAAUUACCUGUCAAUCAUUUUCAUUUCAACAUUUUGCACUCAAUUUCAAUUUUCUGCACUGUUUGGUGAUAAUUCUUGUGUUCUUGGUUGGUCAGCAGGCUGAAAUUUUGCAUGUAUAAAAUAAUUAAAUUGAUAAACCGUACUGAUUCCAUUCAGGAAGUGGCGGUGAUGAGGUGAACGCACCGACUCUUGGACGCAGCAAAAGCUCAUCUGGAUGCUCGAGGUCCUCAACAGCAGAAGAAGGUGACAAGAGCAACUUAGACGAACAACCAAAACCUCGUCAAGGUAUCUUAGUCAUCUUCAUCGCCAUCGUCGUAGCUACGCCUACUAUUAGAAAAACUGUCCCUUAAAUCUUUUAAUAAUUAUAACAUCUCCUUCGAAUAAGCUUUCUCCCCCACCACACGAACAUUUAAUUUUCCCCAAAUCGACGUCAUCUUAUAAUGAUCUAUCACUGCGCAGACUCACGGCAACAUGGAAUAUAUUUGUUUUGUGUGAUAAAAAACCAUAAUGUUGUUGGUGGUAGCGUACUUCCAUUAUGACGGUGCAGUGUAAGCACAUUAAACACAAAGUAUCUCCAAAUUCUUUCUUUGAUUCAGACUCGAAGCUCCUCAGCAGCUUGCUGAAUGAUAGAACAUAUCGAGAGCGAGUAUGUAACUGUCUGGACACCAGUAGGCCGGGUGUUGGUGACUAUCACGAUGUUUGUUCAUAUUAUGGUAUUGACAGUUUUCAAGUGACCGCUGUUUACGAAAAGCACAAUGACGGACCGUCAAGAGCUCUAUUAGAAUACCUGGCAGCUUCAAACGAAAAUCUAACGGUUGCCGAGUUUGCAAGUGUGGUAAGAGAAAUUGCAAAGAGAGGUGACGUUGCCAAGUUCUUAGAAGAAUACGAUAAUCGGUAA